GACUCCUGCACCCCAGAGCCGGCCCAGUGUGGGGGUGACAUGGCCCAAGGGAACAACUACUACGGGCAGACCAGCAACGGGGUGGCGGACGAGUCCCCCAACAUGCUGGUGUACAGAAAGAUGGAGGACGUCAUAGCACGCAUGCAAGAUGAGAAAAACGGAAUUCCCAUUCGCACUGUCAAAAGCUUUCUUUCCAAGAUCCCUAGCGUCUUCUCUGGGUCAGACAUUGUUCAGUGGUUAAUAAAGAACUUAACUAUAGAAGAUCCAGUGGAGGCCCUCCAUUUGGGAACGUUGAUGGCUGCCCACGGCUACUUCUUCCCAAUCUCAGAUCACGUCCUCACCCUCAAGGAUGAUGGCACCUUCUACCGGUUCCAAACCCCCUACUUCUGGCCAUCCAAUUGCUGGGAGCCGGAAAACACGGACUACGGUCAGUGCAAUGUCUCCUUUUAUGUGGGGCAGCCGUGUGGCUGCGUGAACAUGUGCUCGCAUGUUACUGCUUCUGUGAUGGAGAAAAGAACACGACCCUUCCGUGUUUCUAACACGGAAUUUACGAAUGGCUGUGGUUUUUGGAAAGUUAUGCCAAACCCGUGGCAGCUCUUUCCAUGGAAUAGUGUCCGCUGAGGCUG